AACAACCUUUAUCUUGUGCCCAUUUACGAGGCCAUUUUGUGUUAGAGUGAAAUACGUAAUUAGAAACGGGGAAUAUUAUUCAUCAGGACAGCUGUCUUUUGUUGUUUGAAUGGAAUUCUUUAACAUGUUUUUUGUUUUAUAUUUUGAAAGUGUGUUUACAAACGCUCGUAUCUCGAAAGUAACGUCCCUGAAAGAGAGGUCGCACUAAAAUCUUUCAGCAUGCUGAAAACUGUGUCAGAACAGAACAGUACAAUACUUAUUUAUCCCAGCGCGCAUGUUUACAGUGCCUUGCUGACGAUGGUGACUGCCCUGAAGCGCAGAUGGCGGCCGUUCAUCGCUCUUCUUUUGGGAGGGACCACCUUGCUUGUGCUCCACACGGCAUUCCGUGGCGAGCCCAUUAUAGUCAGCGAGAAAACCUGGGUGGAUUUCCCCGUGAAAUAUUCAUCUAGCGGAAGCUCGAGUUUGACAACUUCCUGCACUCUAAAGCCAUCGGAAGAUUCCCAGUUCUUGAAGGUGGAUUUACGAGUGAUAGUCAUCACGUAUGGACGCCCUCAGUCGCUCCUGAGGCUACUCCGGUCGCUGGACGCCGCUAACUAUGACCGAGACUCCGUGCUCAUUGAAGUAUGGAUUGACCGCUCAUCCUGGGGUCAAGUGUCCAAUGAGACGCUGGCGGCUGCGCUCGGUUUCCGGUUUAAAAAGGGUGCGUGCCAUGUUCACGUGCACUCCGUCCACGUAGGCAUCAGUGGACAGUGGCUGACGACAUGGAACCCCGCUAGUGACACCGGUGAAAUAGCUGUAAUUUUUGAAGACGACCUUACUGUUUCGCCAUACUUUUACAAGUACCUCAAGUUAGUGCAUAAUACAUACGGACGGCGCAGUGACGUCAGUGGAUUUUCCCUCCAAGGGAUCAGCUUACGUCAUAGUGAUGGGAAGUGCUGCGUUAACGUGCCAUUCGAGAACAAAGUGUUUCUAUACCCAACUUUGGGGACUUCCGGUUUCUCCCCUAACCGGGUAAACUGGUUCAACUUUCAGUCGUGGCUUAAACGUAUAAGGGACAAAGGUCUUCAAGCUCCGCUAAUCAAUGAUCACAUCUCGGUGAAGUGGUACAAAGAACUGAAACGGCAGAGCGAAGGAGAAUCCAUGUGGGAACUGGAGUAUAUAUACUACACGCAGAUGCAAAAGGAAUACACGCUCUAUCCUAACUUCAACGGACACAGAGGCCUAGCUAUGAACUGGUUUGAAUACGGACUGCACACGGCCGGUCAAAUGGAAAAGUCCGCUAUUUACGAGUUACUCGCAGACUGGUCGCCCGAGUAUGAAGACUUACCAACGGUUCCAAUUUACGUCAACAAUAACGGUGACAUUAUCCAUUAACAUCUCGCGUUUCCAGUCUACGUCAACAAUAACGGUGAUAUUAUCCAUUUACAUCUCACGUUUUCAGUUUUGCGUAAAACUAAAAAACUAUAAAGGAUUACCUCGGUUUAUUUUAACCCAUUUAUACCUAGUGGACUCCCAUCCUUCUAAAUUGGAUCAAUUUAUUUCCAAAAUUAAGGAUGUCUAGUAUAUUUAUUUCUUUAUUUAGACUUUUUCUUCCUUUAAGCAAACAGCGCAGACCCUGAUGAGACACCGCAUCCUGCGGCGACUCAUCAGGGUCUACGCUGUUAGCCAAGGCAUUUUUUCUAGACGCUAGGCAUUAAUGGGUUAAGAUGCGCACGAUGUCACAAUUGAAAAGAGCAUGGAACAAUAGUGUAAUUGAGGUCAUUAAUUUUGGAGAUAUCACACGGAGGACCAACAUGUCAAUAUGCAAGUAACGCUGAUUUUGGAAUAAAUGUGUUGUAACAUUACGAUUAUUUAUAGAUGUUUUAAUGCUGUAACUAUUUUAGGAAAUAAAAUAAUGAUAAAGUAAUACAAUAAGAGUUAAUGUAAUAAAAUGAGAGAAGACCAUUUACAUUAUUAUGUAUAAAUAAGUAAUUUUGGAAAUUAUAAAUACAUCUUUUAUCAUUUUGUAAUGUGAAAACUAUUUUGGUAAACUACUAUUUAUAAAUUGAAAAUUAAAAUAAUACUUAAUUAGUAUUAGAAAAUAUGCUCACAUAACACAUACAACUAUUAUUACAAAAUUUGGAUAUAGAAUAUAUAUAAUUAAAUUAUACACGUGAAUAGCAUUAUUACUUAUUUUCUUAAUUUCAUAUAAAUAUCAAUAUGUUUAAAAUUUCUGAUAAUUAUUAAAUGUUCUGUAAGGUAAUAUAAAAUGCAUAUUUUCCCAAUUUCUUAUCAGUAUCAAUUUUUUUUAUUUCGGAUAAAGUUAGGUUAUUGUACAUGUUAAUUGUACGAUAGACAAUUUUAAUAUCAAUAUUUCCGUAGCUCGAGAAUGAAAUGUCAACUUGUACUCACCGUAAUAUAAUUUAGUGCAUUUCCUUUUGAUAAGACUACAUGUAUGCAUAUUUAUUGGAUGAGCAAGCAAAUAGUGAUUGAAUGUUUUAAAUUGCGACGCAGUAUACAUGCAUAUUACUUUUACGAGCAAGCACAUAGUGAUUGAAUAUUUUUAAUUGCGACGCGGUAUACGGGUCACACUUCCGUACACGCUUGUCAAUUUAUGAGUAUGUAAGAUGAGUGGCAUAGAGGUGACAUCCAAUCCUCUUUUUUAAGUUGCACUCCUCUUUUUUUCUAGCUCGCAGCUACGAUUAAGCUAUGGUGCGGCCACGAGAUAGAAAAAAGAGGAGUGUAAAACUAAAUAAAAAAGGAGUGCAAUUAAAAUAGAGCGGUGCUGUAAAUAAAGGAUGGGUGCAUUAAACAAAAGAGGAGAGAAUUUAAGCUGUCUCAAUGGAACGAGUUAGUCAGCCAAUCAAAUUGUGCGUAACAUGUGCAAAUAAUCUGAACUCAUAAGUAUAUAGCUGGUCCAAGCGGACUUUUACCGUGACGAUUACUUCCCUUUGAAUAAAGAUCAACAGGGAGGACCACGAGUUAGCUAAGCCCGGAUCUCGAGAAAGCUUAAAGCCUCUGCUCUUUUGUAAAAUGCACCCUUCCUUUAUUUACUGCACCGCUUUUUGUAAUUGCACUCCUCUUUUAUUUAGUUUUAAACUCCUUUUUAUUCUAUCUCGUGGCCUCGACUUAGUAUCUCGUGGCCACUAAGUCGAGGCCACGUGAUAGAAAAAAGAAGAGUGCAAUUUAACAAAAAGAGGAAUGAAUGUCACCUCUAUGCCACCUUACAAACACACAUUUGCGACUAGGUUUUUAGAUAAAUACAUUAGGCUCAUUUUUGUAAACUGAAAUUAUAUUAUUGUUGCAUUUAAUUUAGUAGAAAAAUAAAAUUGAUUGUAUAAAACAAUUCAGAGACUUUGUAAAGCAUAAUUAUGGUACAGUUUGCUCUAAUACUAAUAACCAAAAAUAACAUGCGUAAUGAAUAGCUUAUCGCCAUUAAAUGCUGAAGAAAAAUCAGUUUAUUAAGUUUUGAUAAACGUUUUCUCUCGCAAAAAAGAUUAAGAAGUUAUAGUAUAAAUCUGUUUAAACAGUAUUAUUUCAUGCUCCAAUAUAUGCUUUCAGAUAUAUAAUGUCAUGUUAUGACAUAUAUGUACUAAACUUAUUAUAUCCAUAUCCAUUUUUUUUACUUCAAAUAACUACUAGUAUAUGUUUAUUAAUUCUUGUAUUUGUAUUGUAACAUCGCUAAUUGUCACAUUUAUUGUGUGUCAGUGAGAUAUUUCGUACGAGUGUAUUUGAAGUUUAUUUGUAUUUGAGUUUUGCAUGCGUCUAGUUCGAGCAGACGAAUGCUCUGCUAAUUACCUUUCACUAUGUUAAGUUAUUGAUUGAUUUAUUUGUAACAAAUUAAACAAUAAAAAAAUGCAAUAUAAA